CAUUGCAUUUGAAUGGAGAAUUCAAAUUCGACAAAUUUGUAUUCCGAAUAAAUUGGAGUUUUAUUUCUCCGUUUAGGAGCGCAUAUCGGCCCUUUGGCGUUCGAGGGAAAACCCAAAAGAGAAUGAGGCGAAGAAUGCUUCGGAUAGUGAGCUCCUCCGACGAGGAUAACGACGACGACGAACUCCCCCGAACCCUGGCCCUCCAAAACCCUAACCCUAACCCUAACCCUAGCACUACUCCUGCCUCGAACCCCCCUUCUCCUCCUCUCGAGAUCUCCGACGACGACGACGACUUCGUCGACGUCCCCGACGACCUCUCCCCGCCCUCUCCUCCGCCUCCUCCUCCGGUCUCCGGCGCUACCCCGCUGGAGAGAGGCGGAAGCGGAGGCGGUGGCGGCGGCCCCGUGCGCUCGAUCGAGGAGUUCCUCGGGAGGCUCGGCCUCCGGCUCCUGCGGGAGUGGCUGGAGUCGUGCGUCGCCGCCCUGGCGGGGCCCGGCUCCGGCUUCGAGGCCAUGGACGUCGCCGCUAGGGCGAGGAGUUGCUUCGAGCAGUUCCUCUUUGCCGAUAUGAAUUUAUGCGGUGGCGGUGUGCUCCCGGAGAAUGUUUGCGGCAUGCACAAAGCCGAGCUCGAGGGGCCUUUCGUGCUCCAGGUUGAUGAAAUUGUCAACAUCUCUGCUUCUAUUAGAGAAAGGUAUCAGGAUGCACCUGCUGGGUCGAAGAGGUGCCUGAAAUUAUCAAUGACUGAUGGCGUUCAGCGUGUAUUCGGCAUGGAGUACAGACCCAUAAAGGAUUUACAGGUUCUCGCUCCUGCAGGUCUCAAGGUAGUUAUCAGAAAUGUACAUGUAAGACGAGGACUUUUGAUGCUAGUCCCUGAAGUUCUGGAGGUUCUUGGUGGGGUGGUUGAUGAUCUGGAUGCAGCGCGUCGGAGACUUGUUGAAGAAGUAAAUAAACCACCUCGAGGCAAACGGAAGCAAGUUGUACUUCCGCUGUCUAAAAGAGCUUCUCUUGCUGCUUGGCCAUCUACUGCCACGAAUAAUGGAGCACAAGAAAAUGCUGUAGUUACAGAAAACAGACAUGAUCCUCAACCUACAGGGCAAGCUACUAUUCAUAUCACCGAGCAAUUGGCUGAAGGGACCAUUAUUCAACAACCUGUCGACACUCCGGUUGGAGAAAACAAUACAGAAGCAGAACAUACCAUUCAGGAUAAUGAAACUAUGAUCACAGAGGACUCUGCUGCUCCUUAUGUUGAAGGAAACAAUGCUGAGCCUCAAUCUACGAGCAGCAGACAAUAUACUGAACCUGAUUUUACUGGUCCUGUUACCUCUGGUGGUGAGGUUACCCCUGAUUCGGAUAUGGAGGACGCGGUUGACGAUGUGGAGCAUCCACUCAUUCUAAGCGGUGACAAAGAAAUUCCUUUCACAUAUCUCGCCUGCUUGUUGGCUAAAUGGACAGUACAGAAGGAUAGGGAAUCCUAUAUUCAAGGAAAUAUAAAGUGCUUUUUGACUGGUGUCAAGGGAUUCCAAUUCAAAAACCGCAGUAAAUUUGAACUCCAUGUUUAUGUUGAUGAUGGCAGUCUGAUUUCUGAGGUCCUCAUUGAUCACAGCGUUGUACAGAAGGGUAUAGGCCAUUCUCCUGAGGAGGUCACUGCUGCUCUUUCUUCCUCAGAAAAAAAGAUAGCAGCAGAUAUGAGGGAAACACUGAAAAGAUUUCAGCUUUUCUUGGCUAAAUUUGAGGGUACAAUGCUUGUGGAGAUCAAUGGAAGCUCUCCUCUUCCUACUGUCCUUGAGAUGAACCAAAGUUGUUCAACAUCUGAUGCAUGGUUGCUUCUAAGAAGGCUGAAGAUGUUCGCUGCCCUGCAAGAUCCACGAAAUAAAAAAUCGGAACCUAUCGAUAUUUCUCCAUGAUUUCGAUUAAAUUUUUGUUAGAUCUAUGCAUGAUAGUCUGAUAAGUGGUGGUCUUAACUUGUAAUUUGGGAGGCAUAUCCUUGACUUCUGUGAAUGACUGAAGAGCAAAGAUUGCCAUGUCUCUAGCGGGUGGCAUGCUGGUGUUGCACCAGCAUUACUUGGCACACCUUGACAGUGACUUUUUAUCUGACUGCUGGUGUUGCACCAGCAUGCCAACUAUGUGAGCGAAUAGAAGCUGGAUACAAGAACUUCUUGGCUCCUGUUGCCUCCAAGAUUCGCUUACUGAGGCUGUUUCCCUCUUUUGUGACAUAAAAGGCGAUUGAGAACCAGUUGACGAGCUCAGGAGCCAGGCACAUAAGCAUGUGGAAAGGGCUGUACCACGACGGCCAUGUCACAUACUCUUCGCCUCUGCAGGCACUAUCCACGGCAAUCUUAGCCAUCAUUUCUGUGUGCCCGACGGGGAAUGGCCCGAUUUGGAUCUGUCAUUUUUUAUCAUAAUCCAAGAGUUGAUAGCAAUGUAUAGACGGGAGUAGUCACACCAAGUUUUUAGCAACAUACGUCUCUGGCCUCCUCGUUGACUCGUACUUCGCCCUCUUUUUGAAGUGCUUUGCCUUUGGUUAGCUCUGAUUCAACAUAGCCAGGAAUUAAUAUGGUGAUUUGAACCUGCUUUCCCAACUCAGACCUAAGGGUCUCAUAGAACCUGAUCUCAGCUGCCUUGCUUGCCUGAGGAAAAAAAAAAUGGAACAACUGAUCUCAGUAGCCAAUUCAAUAAGAUGCAACAUAUGUUGUGCUAAUAUUUAUGCCUCCUUUUCACCUACAUUAUAAAAGCUCAUUCUUGCAGUUGGUACUCGCCCAGCCACUGAUGUUGUAACAAUGAUUCUUCCACAACUAGCUUUCAGGUGAGGAAGGGCGUAGUAGGUCGGAUACACAGAUCCCCAAAAGUUCACAUCCUGAAUAGAACUAGCAACUUAAAUGAAUAUUGCUAUGGAAUAUUAGAUUAUUUCUAUGUUUUUGGUUCGGCAAAUUAAACUGUGGAGUGGAUCUGAGGAUUGGCGUUAGUAGAGAAAAAAAAACUGGGAUAAUUGAUGUUAUAUAUUCUUGAUGUGAAGCAUAAAGAGUAAAUAUUAGAUGUAUACAGAGAACAACAGUACAAUCUGUCUAGUAUGAAAUAUGAGGGUAAUGGGAAUCGCUAUCAAAAUGGGAAAUAUAAUCUGGUUCCAUGCAAUUUUUGUUCAUUUUAGUAUCAACUAGAUUUAUUUCGUCUUUAUAACAAUUUAGCUCGAUUAUGUUAAUUUGCAUGCAUUAUCUGCCGCUAUUCUUUGAAAAUGCUAGAUUUUUUUUUUUUUUUUUUUGGUAUUAUAUACAUCUCAUUAGAAAGUAUGUAAUGUAUUACCAUCAUUCUGGUGAAGGCGGUGAUGUUAGUGAUCUCAUCGAAGGAACAGUUGGACCAAAUUCCUGCAUUGGCCACCAGAUGAUUCACUGCAGAAAAGAAAACCUUCACAAUUUCAAUUCCUAUAGGCCUUAUAACAUCUUGAGAAUUCAGAAUUGUGUUAAGAGAAGAGCUGCAUCGUCACGUUGGCCGAAGUGAGCGAUGGUUUCGUUCACAAUCCUUUUCGCCUCCUCGGAGCUGGAGAUGUCCGCGGGGAGGGCAAUGACAUCCGGUGCGCCCAGGUCUCUAGCCGUCUUUGCGACUGCUCUGAGAGCCUGCUCCCUCCUCGCCACGAGAGACAAGGAUGCCCCUCUUCUUGCAUACUGGUAAGCCAGUUGCUGCAAAAUCAAUAGAAUUUUAUAUUAGCAAAAGAAGAUAGAACAUGGUGCAUGCUGAGGUAGCUUUCCUUUUUAUGCGUUGCGGUAAAUGUUAUUAUUCAUUGUGUAGUGUUGUUGUUGAUGGUAGUUAACCCCUAGUUGCAGCCCAUGUAUAUGAAGUUUAAUUUUGGACUAGGUGCAAUAGUGGUUUCUUUUAGGAUAUUGGUCUCUGUGGUGCAUCUACACAACUUAAGUGCCUUUUGAUCUAAGAUGCUGGAAAAAUACCUAACAAUGUAAGUGCUCUUUUUUCAUUAUUACUAUUAGUAUUAUUAUUUCUCAAA